AGUCCAUACUGUCAGAGUCUGACUAAUCCACAGCUCAUUGCCCAUUGGCCUCUUGCCCUCAUUGACCAUUGUCUUUGGAGUCUGGCGUUGAUAAAAAAUUGUUUUUAAUUUUUACUACGACGUUGUCGUUGUCGUUUUUGAAACUUGUUGUUCUUGUUAUUGUCGUUCCGAGUCCUAACAUCUACGGAAACUUAAAUAGUCAAAAACUGUGAAAAAGAAUCUCACAACGCCGAGCGAUUACCGGACAACUCUACUUCUCGACCGUACUGUGAGUACGAUUCCAUCCCGAGGUGGUGUGUUCAAUCCGUUCCGAGUAAUGAAAGAUCGGCAAACUGCACCAGGAGAUGGUAUUAGAUCUCUAAAAACUUCCAGAGUGUUUCGGAUUAUCAACUUUGAGCUUUACUCAAAACCGAAUAAAGUGAUCAUGGCAUUAGGACUUGUAUCAAUAUCAUUCACAUUUGGAUAUCUAGUAUACAUGAGACACCAAUAUGAAAAAAUGGGAUAUUAUCCAGCUGUUGCUGAAGAUGGCCGCCAUGAAGUAUAUAAACAAAGACAAUCCAAAUGGGAUUGAAAUUGUAUUGUUUUAGUAUUACAACACCUUUUAGCCCUACUUCAUCCUUACAUAAUUAUUCUACUUAAAAAUGGAAUCUUCACUAGCCGUUGAGGCUGAUAUUGACAAAUUAA